AUGGAUGAAAUGACAUCAGCUGUCAUUAAUUUAAUGAAAACUACAUCUGAUUGGGUGACUAUUGCAUUUGAAGCUCCUUUCGCUCGGGCUGUUGUUUUUGGAGUGCAUAUUGGAGGACAUCUAUUUGUUGAGGGUCUUCUCGUAGUGGUUAUCCUCUUCCUACUUUCACAAAAAAGUUACAAGCCACCUAAAAGACCACUAACGAAGAAGGAAAUAGAUGAGCUCUGUGAUGAAUGGGUUCCAGAAUCCCUUAUUCCUCCUAUUACAGAAGAGAUGAAGUAUGAACCUCCCGUAUUGGAAAGUGCUGCAGGGCCGCAUACAGUAAUCAAUGGCAAAGAAGUUGUCAACUUUGCUUCAGCAAAUUACCUUGGGUUAGUUGGGCAUGAGAAGCUACUUGAGUCAUGCACAUCAGCAUUGGAGAAAUACGGUGUCGGUUCUUGUGGUCCUCGUGGGUUUUAUGGAACAAUUGAUGUUCACCUUGACUGUGAGGCCAAAAUAGCGAAGUUUUUGGGAACUCCAGAUUCCAUACUCUAUUCUUAUGGACUCUCCACUAUGUUCAGUGCAAUUCCAGCUUUCUGCAAGAAAGGAGAUAUUAUUGUUGUGGAUGAGGGUGUACAUUGGGGAAUACAAAAUGGACUUUACCUCUCUAGAAGUACAAUUGUCUACUUCAAGCACAAUAACAUGGAAUCUUUGAGGAAUACUUUGGAGAAAUUUACAGAAGAAAAUAAACGAGCUAAGAAGCUAAGGCGCUACAUUGUGGUUGAAGCUGUGUAUCAGAAUUCCGGGCAAAUUGCUCCAUUGGAUGAGAUCAUCAAACUGAAGGAGAAACAUCGCUUCCGAGUUCUAUUGGAUGAGAGCAACUCAUUUGGUGUGCUUGGCAAUUCCGGAAGAGGUCUAACCGAGCACCAUAGGGUUCCGAUUGAGAAGAUAGAUAUCGUAACUGCUGCCAUGGGACAUGCUUUGGCCACAGAAGGUGGAUUCUGCACUGGAAGUGCCCGAGUCAUUGACCACCAACGUCUCAGCAGCUCUGGCUAUGUCUUCUCUGCCUCCUUGCCCCCAUACCUAGCAAGUGCUGCAAUUACUGCUAUUGAUGUCUUGGAGCAAAAUCCUGAUUUGAUUACAAAGCUAAGGAAGAAUAUCACCAUACUAUGUAGAGGAUUGUCAGAUAUACGAGGCCUUGAGAUUGUGAGUGAUCCACAAUCCCCUAUUGUUUUUCUCAGAUUAAAGAAAUCCACAGGUUCCUCGAAUGAUUUAUCAUUGCUUGAAGAUAUUGCUCACCGUGUGUUGAAGGAAGACUCUAUUUUUGUGGUGACUUCCAAGAGAUCCAUGCUUGAUAAAUGCAGUCUGUCUAUCGGAAUUAAGUUGUUUGUCUCGGCCGCUCAUACAGAAUUAGAUUUGACGAAAGCUUGUGAAUCACUGAAAAGAGUUACAUCAUUGGUCUUGAUAGCUCGUGAGUAA